AUGGAGAUCUAUCAUCGUACUGAAGCAAUCGGAGGUGCUCACUGGGGACCAGUCAACGUGUAUAUGUCCAAAGUUGCCGAUGCCUCAACAGCAGAUAGAUCGACGGGGUGGUUCAAGGUCCACGCGGAUUCGUGGGCAAAGAGACUUGAACAACUGCUGCGGAAGGAUGAAUGUGAAGAUUCCAUCAGAUAUUGCAGUGGAGACUUCCUGCUUCGCGCCGAAGUCAUCGCCCUUCACGUUGCUGGAUCCACCGGUGGUGCCCAGCUUUACAUGAGCUGCUCUCGUACGUCAACCCCGGUCCCGCCGUCUACGCUGGGAAUCAGCAAUGUUGCCGGCUCGGCGUGCUCUGCUGGCGGUGAAUCCGCGACGACGACUGGGCCGCCAGUUAUCCAGACAGCGACUAGGACGCCGGGUGGUGGUUGUGGCAGCUGCAGUGUUGCGAAGUUCCAGCAGUGUGGUGGGCAGGAUUAUACGGGGUGUACUACUUGUGCUUCCGGCUCAAUUGCUCUCCCGUCUCCCCACCUUACUACUCGCAAUGUGUUUAAACACGAUAAAUCUUGGAAGCUGAAGAUGUGA